CCAUUUGUUUUUGUUUUGCUGGCACAACCAGAGAAAUUCUUGAAUUUAAUUUAGAAAAUUUAGAUUGGCCUGGCCAACACUGUCAAGCAUGGAAGCGGAUGGCACGUCAGCAAGGGUGGACAAAUCUCCGGAUUGUCGCACCAGUGGCGAUGGCAUGGAGCAGCCGGAGAACAGUGCGGCAAUCAAAACAGAGAGUGAAAUCCAGACCAGUGCUGAUGUGGACACCAAGGCCAAGAGGCCCCAAUUGUCGCGAAAAGACAGUACCAUUGUCCAGGAGGCUGUAAUGGGCAGGAAGACUUCAGCCAGCGGUGGCCACGCCUCCAAUCUGCCCCUUCCCGGCCUGCACACACUUUACAGACGCCCCGAAAUUGUAACCCGAAGUUUGGCGCCCGUCCUGCCCAAGGGUGAAUUGGUCCAGAUGCGGCCAAGACUGGUCACCAACCCGGAAAUCCUGCCCGAACACAAGAAGACCAAGGCCCCCAAGUUCGUGCCCUUUGAGCCGUAUCCAGGUGCGGUGAAUCCCAUGAUCUCUGAGCCAACAAGCAAACACAAAAUCCAUCGGGACAAGAACAACCUGGACAUUGCAGUGCUGGUGGAUCAGGUGUCCACGUUGCGCACCCAGGAAUUGGACACGGAGCCGAAGGAUAUUAAGGAAACCAGCACAGCCAGCAACCAGGAGUUAAUCGCUCUGCAGGAGGAGCUGGCCAAGAUGCGUGGGGAGCGAGAUUACUUCCAAGCGCAGUACAAGUUCCAAACGCAGGUUAACAGCGAGCUAAAGAGCCUGUUGGUGGCCUCCGUGGGCGAGGAUCUGCAGACACGGGUCAAUGUGCUCACCGAGGACAAACUGCAGCUGGCCAGGGCGCUCCUGGAUACCGCCAACAACCUGACCACCCACACAGAGCAGAUUGAGUUCUUGGCCGGGCAAUGUGAGGUCUGGCGUUCCAAAUUUCUCGCCAGCAGCGUUAUGGUCGAGGAGUUAGCCCGCUGGAAGGCAGAUCUCACCCAGAAGAAUCAACUACUUAACGAGUCCACCAAGCAGCUGCUGCACGCCACCCACCAGAUCCGCGAGAUUCAGCUGGAUAUGCUGAAGCAGCUGAAGUUCCUGGCCAAGAUUCGCUUUUUGAACCUGCCCGCCACCGAUGUGAUCAGUUUGAGUGCCGAGAACUUGAAUAUCCUCCAACGCAUGGUCCUGCACACGGGCGUGGGCAUUCCCGAAGAGACGCUGAAGUUGUCCAGUGCCAGCACGAGUCCACUUUGCGAGGCGGAAAAGUAUGCAGUCAGGGCCUUGGAAUUCAUUAGUCAGCCCUUGAUGGCCACCGAUGAAGCCAUACGAGCUCUUUUCGACCAGGCCCAGCGCCCCCACUAUGUGCAAUCAGUUGCCACGGAGGUGGCUCCUACCGAUAAUCCACAACCAGAUAAACAGCAAUAGUUAGCCAUCUUAAGAAAUCAGUGUGACAUGUGUUUAGGUCUAAUAAAUUUUAUAUACAAUCGAUAAACAUAAA